AGACAUAUUUUUGUUUCCGGUCAAAACAGCGCCCCCUGUAUUAAAUCAAAAUGGCCGAAACUGAUAGCUUUUUCUUAAAAAUAGAUAGAUUAAUUAUCCGUUGGUGACAAAUGUAAACUCUACAAUUCCUACAACUUCACUUUUUAUACUACUUCUAAUGAGAAGUUAUGAGAACAUGACAAAUUGGAUGUUACUUUUGGUUCUACUUUCGUUUAUAGCACAGAGCGCAGAGGAUCCUUGCAAUAAUAUUUUACAAGGAAUUCCGCUAAGUUUCCAAGGUCUCCUGGCUCCCAACAAUUUCAACCUAACAACCUAUGGUAUGCAAGAAGUAACAUGCAAGCCGGAACAGUCUUAUACAGAAAUGUAUUUUUGUGUUAUAUCUAAUACUAAACCAAUUGAGCAAGUAAGUAAUGAGACAAUCAUUUUGAAAAAUCAAGCAGUUGAUGGUAUAUUGUUUUGCCUCAUAAAAAACAAAAGCAACCACUUCUUUCAGAAGCAUGUAGCUUUUUUUGUAGGAGCUGCCCCUGUUAUAUCUGAAAAUCUUAGGUGCUCUUUAGAGUAUCUUUCCAUAAUAAUAUGUAAAAGAAUGACAGGAGUACAAAUUGUAAAUAUUACAAACAUAAAAUGUGAGAGAUUAUCUACUCAAAAAUGGAAAUUAAAUGUUGAAAACAGCUAUUUAACCAAAAAAGCAAAUAUUACCCUGAAAAAGUCCAAUUACUUUGGAGAUACGUUUAAGACUAUAAUAAUUCCAUUGAAAGAAAUUGUAAGCUUAUCAAACUUCUCCUUGACCAUUGAUGAAGUAAAAACAAAUACAAUUGUUGUUCAAACCCACUAUCCCCAAAUCUUCAAGAGCCACAAUGUAUCAAUAAAGAUUACUGUACACUUGAAUUGCAAAUGGAAGAUAAAAAAGUGCCAGAUGACUUUUCAACGAUCUCUUUCCAAAAAUGGGACUUUUGAGGUGAAUAGCCUCAUACCACAUACUGAAUAUGAAUUAGGCCUUUCAGUUCAGGCUGAAUAUUCCAAAAUAAUCACAAACAAAUCUUUGAGGUUCAAGACAAAACCUGCUGUUCCCGGCUGUUUACCGGAACCAAUUCCACCGUAUUGUGCUUUUGGUACAAAUUUAUCAUAUAUGGCAAUAAUCAUGGACAACCGAACUACUCAUAUGUUUAAAGUUAGAGGUAAAGAAAGAAAGUUUGUGUUCCAAGAUUUAAAAAGUAAUCUUGGACACCAUAUAAACAUCUUUCCUAUCAACUCUCUGGGUUUUAAUUACAAAAUUCCAAAAGAAACCAUAAAUAUUGAAAGGGAAAAUGCCAUUUGCACCAAUUCUGAUAUCGUUUUAUCAAAAGUUGGACAAAAAAAAAUUGGGAUUUACAGUAUGAAACAAAAUACUAUUCUCGUCUACUAUGAAAAACGCUUCCGUCAUUUCACAUAUGGAGUACAGUGGAAAAAAUUUUCUCGUUCAAAAAAUGAUAUUCUAAAUGGAACAGUGAAUCUGGAUAAAAAUGUCGAAGAGUACGAGUUCGGAAUUGCAACAAAAUGUGGAGUUCUUUGGAAGAAAUGCGUUUUUUCGCAACUCACAGAUAGAAAAGUGACCCCCGAGUAUCAAAUUCUUAAGAAUGAAGUAAUUGUUACACUUGAUAGAUCUUGUUCUAAAAUAAAAUUUUACUACAAAUUUUCUAUUCUGGUUGAAACUUCUAUUAUGUCCUGCAAACAAGUGGAGAGAGCUUUUCCAGAAAUGAGACAGUUCGCACUAGACCCAUCCCAAACAAUGGUUACUAUAUUCCUAUAUGUUUGCUUAAUACCUGUAACGAUUUUUGGUUUUGUGGUAAUUUAUUGCUUUGUACGCUAUAGAAGGAGAUUCACUUUUAAAACAGUGUCGGAUAAAUUUAUUCGUGAAUUGAAUAAUAAACAAACUGGUGAAGGGUCAUUAGAACAGACUCAUUUUAUUCCAAGUUCAGAAUCUAAUCUUCAACCUGAUGAGAAUUCUACUCAACACUAUACAAGUGUACAUGAUUGUGAUAAGAACACGAAAAACACCAACAUCAAAGAAUUGGUAAAAGCAAAAAAUGAAAUUCCUGAAACAUCUCAGAAAUGCCAGAACGAACUGAUAAUAGCAGAGAGUGAUGAAAACCCGUACAAGUUUAAGAUUGAAAAUUGUUCUCAAAUGCAUAAGCAAAAUGAUUGCAGAACAAAAUCAUUUACUGAUGGGAUUCCAUACAAGUUGAAAUUCGUAAAUUGUCCACAAGUAGAUCAGGGAAAUGAAAGCGAGCAGACGCAGACAGGCAGUGAUGGAAUUACAUACUCAUUGAUGUUUACAGCUGAGCAGAAAGAGAUUGACAACAAUCAAUAG